AUGGAUUUGCUGCGGGGAUAUGCCGAGAAGAGCGACGACGAGGGGGAAGAAGAUGGCGGGGGAGAUCGGAAGGAGGAGGAGGCACCGGCGAGGGAGCGAUCCCCGCCUUCAUCGUCGUCGUCUCCGGAGUCUUCUCCCCGCUUGUCGCUCCCGAAGAAGUCCGCCGCCCCGAAGGUGGACGAUACCGCCCUGGCUCUUGUUCAGGCAGGGGCCAAACUGGCCUCGCAGCGGCCCAUAGAUCCGUCACAGCACGUCGUCCCCUUCAAUCCUACCUACGAGCAGCUGUGGGCUCCGAUCUACGGCCCCGCCCACCCUUACGCGAAGGACGGCAUCCCACAGGGGCUUCGCAAUCACAAGCUGGGAUGCGUAGAGGAUGCCGCCAUCGAGCCCUUCCUGUUCGACGAGCAGUACAACACAUUCCAGAAGCUAGGUUAUGCCACGGAUCCGUCGGGCCAGUCCGUGGUCGGUGAUCUCGAGACACUCGAGCAGAACAACGCCCUCUCUGUGUACAAUAUCCCGCAGCAGGAGCAGAAGCGUCGAAAGCUUGAGCUCAAGAAGGUCGACAGGGAAGGGGAGGGAGAAGAAGGCGCCGCGGGGCUGGAUGCUGAUAACCCUGCCUCGGAGGAGUGGCUCCUGAAGAAUCGGAAGAGUCCGUGGGCGGGGAAGAAGGAAGGGAUUCAGGUGGAACUCACGGAGGAGCAGAAGAAGUACGCAGAGGAGUACGCGCAGAAGAAGGCCGAGAAGGAGAAGGGAGCCGAGGGGAGGGAGAAGGGGGAGCACCACGUCGACAAGAGCACAUUCCAUGGGAAAGAGGAGCGCGAUUACCAGGGCCGAUCGUGGAUUGCUCCACCGAAGGAUGUCAAGGCGACCAACGACCAUUGCUAUAUACCUAAGCGGCUGAUUCACACCUGGAGUGGCCACACGAAAGGAGUUGCUGCAAUUCGCUUCUUUCCAAGGAAUGGGCACUUGAUUCUCUCUGCUGGAAUGGACUCCAAGGUCAAGAUCUGGGAUGUGUUCAAUUCCCGCAAGUGUAUGAGGACCUACAUGGGACACGCAAAGGCAGUUCGUGACAUCUCCUUCUCCAACGACGGAUCGAAGUUUCUGAGCGCAGGUUAUGAUAAGAACAUCAAGUACUGGGACACCGAGACUGGUAAAGUGAUCUCAACCUUUUCCACGGGCAAGAUUCCUUAUGUGGUAAAGCUGAACCCUGAUGAAGACAAGCAGAACAUUCUCUUAGCGGGCAUGAGUGAUAAGAAGAUCGUUCAGUGGGAUAUGAACACGGGACAGAUCACCCAAGAGUAUGAUCAGCACCUGGGAGCGGUGAAUACGAUCACCUUUGUUGAUAACAACCGAAGGUUUGUGACCUCGAGUGAUGACAAGUCCCUACGCGUAUGGGAGUUUGGAAUUCCAGUGGUUAUAAAGUACAUCAGCGAGCCGCACAUGCAUUCCAUGCCUUCGAUCACUCUCCACCCCAACUCAAAUUGGUUGGCAGCACAGAGCUUGGACAACCAAAUACUUAUUUACAGUACAAAGGAGAGGUUUCAGCUGAACAAGAAGAAAAGAUUCGCUGGCCAUAUAGUUUCAGGGUAUGCUUGCCAGGUCAAUUUCUCACCCGAUGGACGGUUUGUCAUGUCAGGAGAUGGGGAGGGAAAGUGCUGGUUCUGGGACUGGAAAAGUUGCAAGGUGUUCAGAACCAUGAAAUGCCAUGAGAGUGUGUGCAUCGGCUGCGAGUGGCAUCCACUGGAGCAGAGUAAAGUUGCAACAUGUGGCUGGGAUGGCAUGAUUAAGUUCUGGUAA